AUGCACAUCGAGUCCAUCGACGCCCCCGGCAUGAAGGCGUCGGGCGACCUGCUGCACAACAUGCAGCGCGAGGUCGCCCAGCUGCUGGGACGCGACAGCAUCAGCUUCCCCGGCGCGCAGCCCGUCUCCUUUGCCCGGAAGCACCUGGACGAGCUGAAGAGGGAAGACUACUACCUCUGCGAAAAGUCCGACGGAAUCCGAUAUCUCCUCUACCUCAGCGACGACGGCCAGGGCCAGGAGCUGCACUACCUGAUCGACCGCAAGAACGACUACUGGUGGGUCAAGGACGCGCACUUCCCGACGCCCCAGGGCGAGGCCACCUUCCACCGCAGCACGCUGCUCGACGGCGAGCUGGUCAUGGACGUGCUGCCCGACGGCAAGCAGGAACCCAUCUACCUCGUCUUCGACUGCCUGGUCAUGAACGGGCAGAACCUCAUGGCGCGCCCGCUGCAGAAGCGCCUGGGCUACUUCCACAACGAGGUCUACCGCCCCUACAAGGACCUCUUCUACAAGAAGUACCCGCACGAGCGCGAGUUCCAGCCCUUCAUCCUCGGCAUGAAGGACAUGCAGUUCGCCUACGCCACCGAGAUGCUGUUCCGCCAGCUGAUCCCCGGCCUCAAGCACGGCAACGACGGCCUCAUCUUCACCUGCCUCAAGACCGAGUACAAGCACGGCACGGACCCGCACAUCCUCAAAUGGAAGCCGGCCGACGAGAACACGGUCGACUUCCGCUGGAAGUUCCACUUCCCCACGGCCGAGCCCGACGACGACGACCGCGCGGACGGCGUCGCCGAGCCCUACCCGGACUACGAGGCCGUGCCGCGCGUCGAGCUGCUCGUCUUCACGGGCGGCAAGGACGACUACCGGCCCUUCGCCGAGCUGCACCUGGCCGAGGACGAGUGGGACGAGCUCAAGGCGCUCAACGAGCCGCUCGACGAGCGCGUCGUCGAGGCCUACAUGGACGACCACAAGCGCUGGCGCUUCUACCGCUUCCGCGACGACAAGCACAACGGCAACCACGUGAGCGUCGUGAACAGCGUCCUGGAGUCCAUACAGGACCGCGUCACCGAGAAGGACCUGAUCGACGCCGGGCCCGACAUCCGUACCAAGUGGAAGAACCGGGAGCAAGAGGCGAAGCGCAGGGCGUGA